AUGUCUCCCAUCGCUGUCACAGAUUCUGCCCCGGUCGCAGCACCCGUCGCCAAGCAGCAAAACGGAACCGCUGCAGUCAACGGCGAUAUGAACGGCACCACCGCCUCCCCAUCGGCGUCCUCCUCCGGUCCCAACACCUCAGCCGUGCUACACGGAGCCAAGGACCUCCGCAUUGAAGAGCGUCCCUACGCCGCGCCAACAGGCGACGAGGUCCAGAUCCGCGUUCGAGCCACCGGUCUCUGCGGUUCCGAUCUCCACUAUUACCUGCACGGCCGCAAUGGCGACUUUGCACUCCAACACUCGAUGUGUCUCGGCCACGAAUCCGCGGGAGAGAUCGUUGCUCUCGGACCCAACGUCCCCGCCGCGGCCUCUCUCUCUGUUGGCGACCGCGUCGCCAUCGAAGCCGGGCGCUUCUGCGGAUCGUGCCCCAAAUGCCGCGAUGGACGCUAUAACCUGUGCAAGCAGAUGCGCUUCGCUUCUUCGGCAAAGACUUUCCCGCAUCUCGACGGCACGCUGCAAAAGUACAUGAACUGGCCGUCGUGGUUGGUGCACAAGCUGCCUGCGAAUGUGUCUUUGACCUCGGCCGCGCUGUGCGAACCGCUGAGUGUGGUGUUGCAGGGGAUUAGGAGGAGUCAGUUGCAACCAGGGCAGAGCGUGUUGGUGUACGGCGCUGGAGCGGUCGGGUUGCUGGCGUGUGCAGCGGCAAAGGCGAGCGGGGCUAGUUUUGUCGCGGCAGUGGAUAUCGACCAGGGGAAGCUGUCGUUUGCUGCGGCCAACGGAUGGGCGGAUGCGACGUACUUGCUUCCGCGUGCUCCCCCUGCUGCCGCCGUAGCCGACGAGGCACAGGACUCCCGCGCUCGCCGUGUAGCAGAAGACAAAGCUGCUAUCGCCGCCGCCUCGUCCUCGGCUACUUCGCUCCUCCAAGCCCUCUCCACUUCCUCGGCCCCUUCAACAUCGACCGGGUACGCAGUGCAACCUGCGCCGCUCGACCUGGCCUCGGAAGGCUUCGACGUGGUAUACGAGUGCACCGGCGUGCCCGCCUGCGUACAGACCGGCAUCUUCGCCACGCGCCCUGGCGGCAAAGUCGUCCUCAUCGGCAUGGGCAGCCCCAUCCAGACCCUUCCCAUCGGCGCAGCCUCCCUGCGCGAGGUCGACAUCGUCGGCGUCUUCCGCUAUGCCAACACUUACCCGAUCGCCCUCGGCCUGCUCGCUGGCGGAACGCUCCGUGCGCAAGGAGGCGGCGUGCACGCCCAGGCCACCUCCGCCCAGCAGCACGCCGACCAGGAGGGCCUCGGCGCAGGUAAGAAGAUGGGCGGAAUCGACAACCUCGUCUCGCACGCCUACCCGCUCAAGGACGCCGUCAAGGCCUUCGAGACCCUCGCCAAUGGCAAGGACGCCCAGCACGGCCGUGGCGUCGUCAAGGUCUUCAUCACCGACGACGAACCUUGA